AUGUGUAAUAAUAGACUCGAUGCUUGCGAACUGAUUCUGUCUACACUUUCGAUUAUUCAGAAUGUCAUCUCAAAGACUGAAAAUGAGAGUGAACGUAGAAAUCAUCUGUUAAUACUCCGUGAAUCAUGCUGUCAACUGAUAUCUACCGCGAAAAGACGUUUCUAUAAUUCUCUCUACCCAAAGUCAUAUAUGUCUAGUGGAAAUUUGUUUAAUGAAUACAUUAAUGAAAACUUAGAUAUGGCAUUCAUAGAAGAAAGAAAUAUCAUCUAA